AUGUCCACGCUCGGCAAGAACCUCAUCAAAGUGCCCGACGUCUCGGAGCAGGCCAAGGAAGGGUGCGGCAAGGCGGGCGGGGCGGUCAGCGACGUGGCGGACAAGGUGGGCGACGGGCUCGGCAAGGUGGGCGGGCUGUUCGGGGCCGGUGAUAAGGUCAACGACGCGAUCGACGACGCCGGCGGCAAGGCGGGCGACGGGGUCGAGGGCGCGUGCAACAAGGGCGCCGAGGUGGCCGACAAGGCAGUGCAGCUGACGGCGGACCUCAUCGACAAGGCCAUGGGCAGCAUCGCCAAGGCCAUCGGCAUCCGCGAGUACUACUCGGUGCACAUGGGCGUGCUCUGCGAGGGCGAGUACAAGCCGCUGUUCAGCGACAAGGACGCCAAGCCCAAGGUCGACAAGUGCUCCAAGAAGUUCUACACGGGCCAGACGGACCUGAGCAAGAAGCUCGACGAGGAGCUCAACGUGGGGCCGUUCAAGUUCAAGCUGAGCGACCUCGAGCUGGUGGACGAGAUCCAGGAAGGGUUCGACAAGAUCCCCAAGGUGAUCGCGUCCAUGGCCUACUUCGUGCUCUUCUCGGUGCUGGUGCUCGUCGCGGGCUUCCUGUGCUGCGUGGCCGUGGUUGGGCUCGAGUACGCGGCGCAGGGCAUGAGGAAGUUCGCCAUCUUCGGCGCCAUGGGCUGUCUCGGGCUCGGCUGGUUUACCGCCUUCAUCUGCGCUGCCGUCAUCACGGGCGUGGCCGAGAGCAUCAAGAAGGCCGUCAACAAGCACGGUGACAAGUUCGGCUUGUCGGCGUCGACCAGUCCGGCCCUGUACUUCUUGCUUUGGGGCACCGUGUUUUUCGCGACGGCCGCGCUGGGGCUGGUGGUGGUCCACUGGCUGAAGACGCGCCACGAGGAUUCCGGCAUGGGUGGUGGCCAGCAACAGCAGCAGCAGUUUGUUGACAAGAACCAGUCGGCCAGCAGCAUGGAGGACUCGCACGGCUUCGCCCAAAUGCCUGUCGGCGGUGGUGGCGGCGGCGGCGCCAGGGGUGAUGAUAUGAGGGAUGAGCCGUUGUAG